UACGACAGGGCUUCACUUCCCUUAACCCUGAGCCGCCAUUGGCGUCUGUAACUGCUCUUUCUGCAAUUUGUGCGUUUCUCUGUAAAAUUUCAUUGGUGGAUUGAUAAUUUGUGGAAUUUUGCUUCAGUUUCGAGUAACUGCAAUGGCAGAUGAAGAGAAUUUAACUGUUAAUGAAGAGUUGAUUCCGAAGCCGAGGCACAAGGGAAAACAUGACAAACCAAAGCCAUGGGAUGAUGAAAGCAUCGACCAUUGGAAGAUUGAGAAGUUUGAUCCUUCCUGGAACCAGAGUGGAUUGCUUGAAGUCAGUUCGUUUUCAACUCUAUUCCCUCAGUACAGAGAGAAAUAUUUGCAAGAGUGUUGGCCUAAUGUAAAAGGUGCCUUGAAAGAGCAUGGAAUUGCCUGCGAACUUAACUUGGUUGAAGGAUCCAUGACAGUUUCUACUACCAUGAAGACAAGGGAUCCCUAUAUUAUUGUAAAAGCUAGGGAUUUGAUAAAACUUUUGUCAAGAAGUGUCCCUGCUCCUCAGGCUGUCAAAAUCCUGAAUGAUGAGAUGCAAUGUGACAUAAUCAAGAUCGGCAACAUGGUUCGCAACAAGGAGCGCUUUGUUAAACGCAGACAAUAUCUCGUGGGUCCCAAUUCGUCAACUUUAAAGGCCCUGGAAAUUUUAACCGGCUGCUAUAUCCUUGUUCAGGGAAACACAGUUGCUGCUAUGGGUUCCUUUAAAGGUCUAAAGCAGGCGAGGAGGGUUAUAGAGGACUGCAUAUUGAACAAGAUGCAUCCACUACAUCAUAUCAAGAUCCUCAUGCUGAAGAGAGAGCUCGCAAAAAAUCCAGCUCUGGCUAGUGAGAACUGGGACAGAUUUCUUCCGCAAUUUAAGAAGAAGAAUGUUAAACAGAAGAAAGUUCAGAGCAAAGAAAAGAAACCAUAUACGCCUUUCCCACCUCCUCAGCCACCUAGUAAGAUUGAUCAACAACUGGAAAGUGGUGAAUACUUCUUAAGUGACAAGAAGAAGAUGGCAAAGCAGUGGGAAGAGAAGCAAGUCAAACAGGCUGAGAAGGUUGCUGAAAACAAGAAAAAACGGGAAGAAGCUUUUGUUCCACCCGAGGAACCAAAAACACAUAACCAAGAUGUGUCAAACGUGGAUAAAGAUGAUGUCACUGCCAUGGCAUCGUCAUUGAAGAGAAAAGCAAAGGAGUUCAGGAAGCAAAAAUCAAUUGAUAAGAUUGAUGCCGAGGAGUUUAUUGCAGGUCCCAGCAAACCAUCUAAAAAGAAAUCAAAGAGCUCUAGAUAAGUAGUAGUCUCAUAUUGGCCGUUGGUGAUUAUGAUUGCUGAAGAAAGUCUGUAAAAAUUGCUGUCUUGUCACUGUAUUGUAUCUUUCAUUCGGCAGCCAUAUUCUAGAGGACCUUCCCUUCCAUGCCAUCAGCACGACGAUCAGCUAGUCCUAGUAUCUGGCAUUUUUGGAAACGGGGAAAACACUCUUUUUCCCCCCUUUAGUUGUGAUGAUGGGCGAAGUCCAUAGUGUUGUUGCUUUGUGUAUCAUACUGAUUAAUCGCGUUUGCUUUGUGUCACAAGUAAUUUAAACAGACUGAUCAAUGAGAGUAUUUAUAUUUUGU